AUGCUGCGUCCCACGCGACGCGCUGUUUUCGAUUCCUUCCGGGCUGCCCGUGGUGAGCUCGACCCUCUCUUCUCUAUGAAGUCGGAGCAGCUCAUGUGCAAGGCAGUGCGGCAGUACAUCGUUCCCUCCCUCUCUCGCCAGCGGCACCGCUCCAUUGGGGAGCGUCUGGGUCACUCGCAAGAGCGCAGUCUCUUCCGCACCAAUGUCUCUCUCCUCUUACAGGAGGCGCGGCGACGUGGCGACUACCGCGUCGCGGCUGCCGCGCUGGAUGUCGCUCUCGCUGAGACAGAGUUGUCACGCUUUGCGAAGCUGUUCGAGCCCACAUGGAUCAAGGACGCCGUCUCAUCGUGCCGCAGUGCCGAAGAACUGCGUGUUGUGGAAGGCGUGCUGCGGCAGCACGAACAGAGGUUGCUUGCUAGCGGCUCUGCUCCCGCCUCAGAGGGCUUUCUGCUGACCGCCGCCUUUGGACGCUCGCGAGCAACGGAGCGUGCACUGCGUUGUGGAGACGACGAUGCUGAUGCCGAUGACGGCGCGCAGAGUGGUGCGCUUGCUUCCACAAUUUCCGCCUCCUUACAAACGACAGGCGAUGCACUGUGCAGUAAUGACGCGGUCGAGAACAGCGUCGUCGGUGCCACGCUUUCUGAAGAAGCGCGAGUGGCAGCUGCGCUGGUACAACCGCCGUCGCUAACCGAUCUUGCCACAACGGGCGGCACUGGAAGCGAUGCGCUCUGGUUGUCGCCGGAAGAGCGAGCAGCCGCCGGGCUGCGACGACUGCAGCGUCUCCAGCGCAACUUAACAGCUGGCCCAAACGUGUCCUUUACCCGCUACUUCCUUCGUCAAGGCCUUGUGCGCCACGAGGGGGAGCUCAUGGCACUCUAUCAAGCCAUGCGCGCUCGCCCACUGGACGUGAGCUUCCGCGUCGUCGGUGGUGGCGAUGCUGCCACCGACGACGCACAGCCCUCCGGACUUCUCUCGCCGCACGCCAGCGCCGUGCACUGCCUGCUGCAGCGCCGUCGCGGUUUGCACAGGGUGCCGUGGCUGCCACCGGCGAUGGGCGCUUAUACCCUUGACACGCGGGAGAGCACCCCAGCCGACACCGUGCUGGCGAACCGGCAGCUGCUGCGGUCCCUCGCUCGCGAGCGUCUUAUUGUGUUCCAGAGCUUGCCGAGUAUGCUGCCCGUCUACUACCUUGACCCGCAGCCGGGGGAGUGCGUGCUGGAUAUGUGCGCGUCGCCGGGAAACAAGACGGCGCUGAUACUUGACUGCAUGCACGCCGGCGGCAAUAGCGAGGCACACUUGUCCUCAAGUACCGCAGCCGGACCCAGCGCAGCGGCAUCUGAGAGUGGCCGGCGGCGGCCUCUUGUCGGCAGUGGUUGUGUCGUCGCUAACGAGGCGCAGGCCUCGCGCAUUGGCGAUCUGCAGGAACGCCUGCGUAACGCAUCACCUGAGGUGGUCGUCACGCGCGGUCGCGGACAAACGUUUGGGCUGGUUGACUCACACGACGGUAGCAGCACCGGCGGCGUUGGCGGCCGAGGCGAUGCAGCGUCACUCGGGCAUGAAGCCAUUCUUGGCGAAGGUCUGUACGACCGGGUUCUGGUCGACGCGCCGUGCUCCGGUGAGGGCCGCAUGGGACGCGACGCCCUCUCGUGGCGGCUGUGGCACCCGGGACGCGGCAUCGAGUUUUUUCCACUGCAGUGUGCGCUGCUGCAGCGCGCGGUACGCCUUUGCAAGACGGGUGGCCGCGUUGUCUACGCCACCUGCACUCUCAACCCACUGGAGAACGAAGCGGUUGUGGCGGCGGUGCUGCGGGCGUGUGGCGACGCCGUGGCACUCAUCUCUCCUCCACGCCCGUUGCCACGGCGAACCCAGUCGCAGAGCGAGGAGGACGAUGGUGGCAGUGUGCCGCCGCUGCAUCUCACUGCUGGGCUGCGCAGUUGGGACGUUCCAUCUGGCACCGGCGGAUUCUUUUGCAGUGCCACGGAGGCCUACGCACAAGGUGAGAGCGCCACUCGGCUGCCACCCGAGAUAUUUGCACCAGCGUCGACGGGUGCGGAAGGGGACCCCAAAGACAUCGGCGGAGCACUGCAGAGGUGUUGCCGACGGGUCAUGCCUCACCUGAACGGCAACACAGACGGCUUCUUUGUCGCGGUUCUCGAGAAGCGAGCAGGGGUUCCACCUAUGCUUGGAGCGACUGAGAGCCGCCCUUUAUUGGCACCGUCAUCGUACCUCGACACUGCAUCCACCACUGCUGUGGUGCCAACGUUGACCGCUGCGGCGUCGCUGGCCGUCUCGCUUGCAGGCGGCAGCAACAUCUUGAAUGACCGCGGCUUUGUGCGGUUGGCUCCGUCGCAUCACCUUGUGGUCAAGCAUCUGGGAGGAUUCUUCACCUCGGCGCCGUCGCACCCCACGACAGCAUCGUCCGCCGCUUCUACUUUCACAACUCAGGAGCCGCAGCAGCGCGAGUGCGUCAGCGCUCAAGACUUCCUGGAGCGGCACGGCUGGACGGCUGUCUGGUGUGAGGGAGAGGGGCUGCGGCUCCUCACUCAGUCUACAGUGCAGCUACUGCGUCGUCAUUCCACCAUUCCGGUGAUACCGCCAACGAGAAAGCCGAAUCUCCUCGGCCUAGGCUUUGCCCGCCCCCCGAAGAAUCCUUCCGAUGCGCCCCCUGCACCGCCGUCCACCGGAACGGGGCUGCUUGACGCGGGUGUGCUCGUGGUGACCGCGCAGGGGGCGCUGACGGAGCGCGGGGCGGCGCUUAUCCGCCCAAGCGCCCGGAGCCGCGUCGUCUCGCUCCCACUUUUCUUUGCUCAGCUACUGCUGGCGAAUCGCACACUCGACAUUGGCGCCUCGUUGCAGGCCAUGCCGACCCACAUCCAGGAGGCGGAGCAGGCGCUGGGACCACACAACGGCGUCCUGACGCCAUUUUCAGCUGCUACCCAAGACAGAGACGCUGCAGGAUCCGGUGAGGCACACACCUCGACGUGGUACCGAGAAGCCCUGGCGGCUCUCACACCGGCACUUGGUGAAGGGGGAGGGGUGGCCGGCAAUGCCAUUGUCGUGGUGCGCUUCUCGUCCUCCGGCUUCUUAGCCCCCCCGUCAUGGGCGACACCGCUGGCGCAGUGGGCGUGGCCCGUGCGCGUUGAAGUGAUCAAGCCGUGGUCUUCACAUAACAUCGGCGACACGCCACGUGGGUUGGCGCGGCUUCACCUGAUGCUCCCUGCAGCCGCGCGUCACCGCACGCAGGCCCUCAUCGGCCGCCUGCAAGGCCAUGCUCAUCGCCAUCGGAACCAGCAGGAGCGGCUGCAAGCUAGCUCGCGACACGACCCGUCGCUCAUUAUGGGCCGACAAGAACUGCACGGUUCCGCGCUGAAGGCAAGUCAGCAGCAUCGACUCCUGUUUGGCGCCGCUGCACAGGUAUCGGCGUUGCGAGCGCAGCCUAAUGCGGCGCCACGCGCGCUGGAUUCGAAGAUUACCACCCCUGGGACAUCGUUAUCCCAGUCGUUGGGCGUGUUUGAGCUGUGA